UAACUUCCGGGCUGCCCGCGGGCUCCGCUCUAGCCGCCUCUCUCUCUCGCCUGCUCUCCGGAGCGGUGCGCAGGCGCGGGGCGGGCCUUCCGGGACGCGCGCGAGCGGGGUCGGCCGCAGGGAAUCCUGUUCGUCGCUGCUUAGGAAAUGGCUUCGCUUUCAGAAUAUGCGCUGCGUAUGUCCCGUCUGAGUGCCCGGAUCUUUGGUGAGGUGGCCAGGCCCACUGAUUCAAAGUCCAUGAAAGUGGUGAAUAUGUUCAGUGAGCAGCCCUUGGCCAAAAAGAAAGAGACUUACGACUGGUACCCAAAUCACAACACGUAUUUCGCGCUCAUGGGCACGCUGCGUUUCCUUGGCCUUUAUAGAGAUGAGCAUCAGGACUUCAAGGAUGAGCAAAGGCGUCUAAAGAAACUCCGUGGGAAGGGGAAGCCAAGGAAAGGAGAAGGGAAAAGAGCUACAAAAAAGAAGUAGAGUCAGCUCGCCAAGAAAGAAUGUUCCUUCCUCAGUGACUGAGAAAGUGUAUCUCAUUAUCUGACCUUUCUCAGUAGAUAUCAACCCAUGAUCUCAUCCACUUCCCUUAAGCUGUGAUGGGCUCUUGAAGAUUCUAUUCUUCAAAUUGUAUUUGCCUUGGUUAUGUACUCUGAAGUUUACCUAAUUCUCUAAUGGAACGAAUAAACCAUUGUUUAGGGGUCUGUUUAAGAUGGGAAUGGGAGCAGGGCCUUCGCUAAGUGAGUGCCCUGUACUAUAUUCCUCUACUGUUCCCACACCCCACCACACCUGUCCAUUUGGCUUUGUCUUCCCCUUCCGGCUUACUCUUUGAAGGAGCCCAGACGAGAUUAAAAGCCUUUAAGAAAAGAGA